CAAUCUUUGGCGGGAAGACGCCAGCUGCUGAGGAGCGGCAAGAUGUCGGGGUCCGGCACUGCGGCUGAGGAGAAGGCGGGCUCCAGACAGCGGUCCCAGGUGAAUGAAUAUAAAGAAAACAAAAACACUGAUUAUGUAUCUCUGAGACCAAUACAGACUGUUUUAGGAAAAACAGCAAAGAUUUAUCUUACGCCUUUCUCACUGAAUACUUACAAACUAGGCCAAUUUAAGUGCCCCAAAUCCCUAUUAGAAAAGAAUUCUAACAAUGAAGUCAUGUGUAAGAAAACUGAAAUAAAGAAAACUUGCAGAAUGCUUUUAACUCCAAAGAUGAAAGCCACAUCCUCCAAGACAGAAUCUACUGUGCAAAAACCAUCCCUAGAUGUUCCUACUGAAAGUAGCAAGCUACGAUCCAAGAGUACUUCAGAUGUGGUGAUUCUCAGUGAUGAUGUGGAAAGCAGUCAGGAUGGAGAAAGUGAUGAAGAUAACACACCAGGCCUGGAUGAUCUUUCAGGAUUGUCACCAUAUGAAAGGAAGAGACUGAAGAACAUAUCAGAAAAUGCGAACUUUUUUGCUUCUCUUCAGUUGUCUGAGUCAGCUGCAAGGCUCCGUGAAAUGAUAAAGAAGAGCAAGCCUCCUGAAUAUAAGAGAAAGAAGCCUAAGAAGAGAGAAAAUGAAAUUGGAUGUAGAAGGUCAAUGCGAUUGCUAAAAGUAGAUCCUUCAGGAAUUCCAUUACCAGAAACUCCUGCACAGCCAACACUAGUAGAAGAUGAAAAUCCUUUGUUACCUCCUGGGCCGUUAGAAAUGGUUCCUGAAAAUCGAGAUGACAACAAUGAGCUACUCAAAGGAUUCCUACUGACAUGGGCAGAAAUGAGCAAGUCCAGUAGUAAGAACACGGAGCAGAAGUUAUCUAGCAUUAAAAGCUACAAAGCCAAUUUAAAUGGCAUGGUCAUUAAUGAAGAUACUGUUUGUAAAGUUACCAGAGGUGCAGUAUUCUCUGUGGCUCUUCACCCAUCAGAAACUAGAACUUUGGUAGCAGCUGGGGCCAAAUCUGGGCAAGUUGGACUUUGGGAUUUGUCCCAGUACCCUAAAGAAGAUGGUGUUUAUGUUUUUCAUCCCCAUAGUCAGCCAGUGAGCUGUCUCUGCUUCUCACCUGCUAACCCAUCUCACCUCCUGUCACUGAGCUAUGAUGGCACGUUACGCUGUGGGGAUUUCUCCAGAGCUGUUUUUGAAGAGGUAUAUAGGAAUGAAAGGAGUAGCUUUUCCUCCUUUGACUUGUUGGCAGAAGAUGCCUCCACUCUAGUAGUAGGACACUGGGAUGGAAGUAUGUCACUCGUGGAUAGACGGACACCUGGAACUUCCUGUGAGAAACUUAUCAAUUCUUCUAUGAGGAAAAUAAGAACUGUUCAUGUCCACCCAGUACACAGACAGUAUUUCAUCACUGCAGGAUUGAGUGAUACUCACAUUUAUGAUGCAAGGCACCUGAAGCCCAGAAGUCAGCCUUUGAUUUCUUUGACUGAACAUACAAAGAGCAUUGCUUCUGCCUAUUUUUCACCUCUGACUGGUAACAGGGUGGUGACCACAAGUGCUGAUUGUAAGCUGAGAAUCUUUGACAGCAGCUGUUUAUCCUCUCAGAUAGCGCUCCUCACCACCAUCAGGCACAACACUAUCACUGGGCGAUGGCUGACGAGGUUCCAGGCCGUGUGGGACCCUAAACAAGAAGACUGUAUCAUAGUUGGCAGCAUGGCCCACCCACGGCGGGUAGAAGUCUUUCACGAGACAGGAAAGAGUGUGCAUUCUUUUUUUGGUGGAGAGUGCCUUGCUUCUGUGUGUUCCAUCAACGCCAUGCACCCGACUCGGUAUAUUUUGGCUGGAGGUAAUUCCAGUGGGAAGAUACAUGUUUUCAUGGAUCAAGAAAGCUGCUGAGUUUUUGGUUUCGGAAGAGCAAUUUGUUCAGAGGGGUUAACUGGCUAAGGAACCUCGUGACCCAGUGACUGAGUGUAUUAACUUAUCAAUAGGAUACAUGCAGGACUCUAAAUUGCUUUAUUAAUAAGACCCAUGAACGGAAAGUACUUUGAGGGAGCAGCUUGGAGGCCUCUGUACAGGAUAGCGGGGGAAUUUGAGCAGAGGCUGAGAUGUGUUCAGCACUUAACUGGGCAGUAUGUUGAGAGUCUAACAUACAUUACAAGCCUUUGAUCACUGUUAAAAGUUUCUGUGACCUGAUGACAGGUUGUGAUUCCAUAGUGAUACUUAGAUUUGUGACUUAUUUUCUAAUUCAGGAUAUUUAUUUCUAGACUCACACUGGAAGAAGUCCCGGAAGGUCAUCUAGUUCAGUGGCUUAGAAACUUUUUUAGUUUAACGGAGGAGACCUUUUUGCGCGCAGCCUCUAAGUUAACUCUUCCACAAAGCGCAAGGUAAACGCCGAGCAGCUGUGGUUCCCUGGGGCAAGGCCUGCGUCUGUGUCUGCCGAGCCUUUCCUUCCCGCCCCGCUCGGGCUGUGCCUGCUGUGAGCCCUCUGCCCCAGGCUGCUGUUUCCUAGUCUAGGAGUUGCAGCUCUCUUCUCCUGAAGUCAGCUUCAUAGUCAUGACUAGUGUCUAAAAAGUGAAAAGGAAAGAAUUCGUAAAGAACAGCAAACCUAGUAUUGCUUUGUACAACUUAGUUACAGAGGCAUAUAUUAUUUGUAGGUGUAUAUGUCUAUGUGUAUUCGAGUGUAAAAUAUUUUUUUUAAUUGUUGUGGAACAGUUGAGUCAUAAGAAUUAAUCCCCUGCCUUACAGUGUCUCCCCCAAACAGCCUGUCCCUAAAUUCUCCAGAAGGGGUUCAGUAGCCUGUUACAUGAAGACCUUCAUUCCUAUUUGAGGGAAGUGUUAUAAAAUACCACUUUUGGCAUUUCUUUAUAAUGUUUUCUUUUCAGAAGCUAUAGUAAGUUCAACGUGUCUGUGGCUGGGAAGGGCAACUGCUGUGUCAGUGACUAAUGUUAGCGAGUGACAUCUGUCCAACUUGUUCAUUGCCAAGCUACUCCUGAAAGCCUUGUAGAUAGCUUCAGCUAUUGAAUUCUCAGGAGGAAUUAACUUCUCAUAAUUCUGUAUGACAGAAAUAAAGUGAU